AUGUCCCAGGUGUGUCUGCAGCUGGCCUUGCUCACGCUCUGCAGCUUCACCAAGGUCUUUUCCACCAACUCCUUCAAGCUCGUGCAGGAGCAGUGGAGCAGCUACAAGGACCAAUGUCUGGACUUCAUCAACACCACGCCCCCAGCCCCCCCAGGGCUUGUUUGUAAUCGCACUUUCGACCAGUACGCCUGCUGGCCCGAUGGAACCCCUGGAUCCACAGUCAAUGUGUCCUGUCCGUGGUUUCUGCCCUGGUACCAUAAGGUUCAAACAGGCCAGGUGUACCGGAGCUGCAGUGAGGAUGGCCAGUGGUCCAAGAAGAACACGUCUGAAUGUGAAGAUGACCCAGAGGGGCAGGACUACGGCCGCAUCCUAAACCAGUUAUGGAUCAUGUACACAGUGGGCUACUCUCUGUCUCUGGGGGCGCUGCUGCUGGCACUGGCCAUCCUCAUCAUAUUCAGGAAGCUCCACUGUAUGAGAAACAACAUCCACAUGAACCUGUUCGCCUCCUUCAUCCUCAGAGCGGUGUCCAUCCUGGUGAAAGACGCUCUGCUGAGCCUCACCCUCGACCCCCGCAGCACCAGCAGCACACGGCCACGCUCCUGGGCCAAUAUACCGGCGGUGAUGUGGUGCCGAGGAGCCAUGGUUAUGAUGCAGUACAGCGUCAUGGCCAAUAACUACUGGCUUCUGGUGGAGGGAAUCUACCUGCACAGUCUGCUGGUCAUCACUGUGUUCAGUGAGAGGAAGUACUUCUACAGCUAUCUGGCCAUCGGCUGGGGUGCACCUCUCAUCUUUGUGUCUCCGUGGAUCACCGUCAAGUACCUUUAUGAGAAUGAGGAGUGCUGGGAGAGGAACACCAACAUGGGAUAUUGGUGGAUCAUCCGCUCUCCUAUUCUUUUUGCAUGCUUGAUCAACUUCUUCAUAUUCAUCAGGAUCAUCAAAAUACUGAUGUCUAAACUUCGAGCGCACCAGAUGAGAUACACAGACUACAAAUUCAGGUUAGCAAAGUCCACCCUGACGCUGAUUCCUCUCCUGGGGAUUCACGCCAUCCUGUUCACGUUUGUCAUCGAUGAGUCGGUCCCUAAAGGCUCCGUUGCUGCGUCUCGUCCGUCUCUUCUGUGA